GUCAAGCUCUCCUUUUUAAAAAGUAGGGAGGGCGAUGGCUAUGUUGGAUCUUCCUCGUUCAGCAGCUGGGCUCCUUCUCCCUUGCAAUCGAUCGUCGUCCCUUCGCAGAUUUUGGAGGUCCACGUCCAUCUGAGAUUUCAAUUUGUUUCAUUAAUUCGUCUGCUUCGCCUCCUCUAGAUAUUAAUCAAUAUAAAUCGAUGGGAAAAGCUGGUGAAUGUUGCUCGACCCAGUUAAUUGAUGGAGAUGGUACUUUUAAUAUCUCUGGACUUGACAAUUUCACAAAGGAGGUGAACUUGCGUGAAUGUGGACUCUCCUAUGCUGUGGUGUCCAUCAUGGGUCCACAAAGUAGUGGGAAGAGUACACUUUUGAAUAAUCUAUUUGGUACCAACUUUAGAGAGAUGGAUGCUUUUAGGGGAAGGUCUCAAACUACCAAAGGCAUUUGGUUGGCAAGAUGUGCUGAUAUUGAACCUUGUACACUUGUCAUGGAUUUGGAGGGUACUGAUGGAAGAGAAAGAGGAGAGGAUGAUACUGCAUUUGAAAAGCAGAGCUCUCUUUUUGCUCUUGCGGUUUCAGACAUUGUUCUCAUAAAUAUGUGGUGUCACGAUAUUGGCCGUGAGCAGGCUGCAAAUAAGCCUCUUCUGAAGACUGUAUUCCAGGUUAUGAUGCGGUUGUUCAGUCCACGUAAAACAACGUUGUUAUUUGUUAUCCGUGACAAGACUAGGACACCAUUGGAAAGUUUGGAACCAAUUCUGAGGGAAGAUAUACAGAAGAUAUGGGACUCUGUUCCUAAACCACAAGCCCACAAAGAAACACCACUCAGUGAAUUUUUUAAUGUUGAAGUUGUGGCUCUAUCUAGUUAUGAAGAAAAGGAAGAGCAAUUCAAAGAGCAGGUUGCUAGUUUGAGGCAGCGGUUCUUCCAUUCUAUAGCCCCUGGUGGACUUGCUGGAGAUAGACGGGGUGUAGUCCCUGCUUCAGGUUUUUCUUUUAGUGCACAACAGAUCUGGAAAAUUAUUAAGGAGAACAAGGACCUCGACCUUCCUGCGCACAAGGUUAUGGUUGCUACCGUACGUUGUGAAGAGAUUGCCAAUGAGAAGUUUGCUUGUUUAACUACAAAUGAGGAUUGGUGUCAGCUGGAGGAGGCUGUACAGUCUGGUUCAGUUAUGGGCUUUGGGAAGAAGCUCAGUUUAAUUGUAGACACAUGUCUAGCAGAGUAUGAUGCAGAAGCUAUUUAUUUUGAUGAAGGUGUCAGGACAGCAAAGAGGAAUCAGUUGGAAGCUAAAGUUCUGCAGCUGGUCCAACCCGCCUAUCAAUCCAUGUUGAGUCAUGUACGGUCAAGGACCCUAGAUAAUUUCAAGGAAGCAUUUAGCAAGGCUCUGAAUGAAGGGGAAGGAUUUGCUCUUGCUGCAUGUCAUUGUACUAAAAUUUCCAUGACACAAUUUGACGAGGGAUGUGCAGAUGCAGCAAUUCAACAAGCAAACUGGGACCCAUCCAAAGUUCGGGAUAAGCUUCAGCGUGAUAUAGAUGCACAUGUCACAUCAGUCCGUGCUGACAAACUGGCUGAACUUACUGCCCUAUAUGAGAAAAAACUGAGUGUAGCAUUAGCAGAACCUGUGGAAGCUCUUCUAGAUGCAGCUAGUAAUGAUACCUGGCCAACAAUAAGGAAACUUCUUCAGCGUGAGACCAAGGCAGCUGUAUCUGGGCUCUCUGGUGCACUUUCUGGUUUUGACAUGGAUGAAGAAACAGUAAAUAAAAUGCUUGCAAGCCUAGAGGAUUAUGCAAGUGGUGUUGUUGAAUCAAAAGCAAGAGAAGAAGCCGGAAGAGUCCUGAUCCGUAUGAAGGACAGGUUUUCAACACUAUUCAGUCGUGACUCUGACUCAAUGCCGAGGGUUUGGACUGGGAAAGAGGACAUCAGAGCAAUUACAAAAGCUGCUCGCUCUGCGUCCUUGAAGUUACUCUCUGUUAUGGCUGCAGUUCGUUUGGAUGACAAUGUAGAUAACAUUGAGAAUACUCUAUCACUUGCUCUAGUGGAUGCCAAUAAUAAUGGUGCUACUAGUAAGAGCAUCACAUCAUUUGAUCCACUGGCCUCUAGCACUUGGGAAGAGGUUCCAUCAAAAAGAACUCUGAUUACUCCUGUCCAAUGUAAAAAUUUGUGGAGGCAAUUCAAGGCAGAGACAGAGUACAGUGUCUCUCAGGCCAUUAGUGCACAGGAAGCCAACAAACGUAACAACAAUUGGUUACCACCUCCAUGGGCAAUCGUUGCUUUGAUUGUUCUGGGAUUCAAUGAGUUCAUGACACUCUUAAGGAAUCCUUUAUAUCUUGGUGUGAUUUUUGUUGCUUUUUUACUGGGCAAGGCUCUGUGGGUCCAGCUAGACAUUUCGGGCGAAUUCCGCAAUGGCGCCCUUCCUGGACUCCUGUCUUUAUCUACAAAGUUCCUUCCUACUGUGAUGAACCUUCUCAAAAGGCUAGCGGAGGAGGGCCAAAAGCCAGUGGCACCUGAUGCUCAGAGAAACCCUUCCUCAGAAUCAAAAAAUUUGGGAAAUGGUAUACAUGCCUACAAUGAUUUAAUGUCAAGUGCAUCCUCUACUGUAACAUCUUCAAAGAAUGGUUCAGAGUAUUCAAGCACUUUGGAGCAAGACAAAGUGAAAUGAACUGGACCAGUUGCCUCACUAGAGACUGGUUGGCUGCAUGCAAGAACAGCCUUCUUCCUUUAGAUAUACCACUACAUCACAUGGUCUGUGGUAAGGGCCUGGAUAAAUUAUAUACAUACGCUCCAUAAAGGAAUUGCACUUGUGAUGUCUGAGAGGAGGUUUGAAAGCUUUGCUUUCUUUUUUAGUUGUUUGAAGGCUUCAUACUGGGGGCUACGGUUUGGUGAGAUCAAAAGCCCCCCAAAAUAGUUUUCAUAUUUUGGAUUUUUUCUCCUUUUUUUUUCUGAUUGUUGAUUAUUUUACAAGGAUGAGAUAUAAGUUGCAAGGCCCUUGGUUAUGUUCCGGGCAUCUACUAAACUUGAUGCUUUGACUUCCGUUUUGUGAAUUUUGCCAGUAGAGUUUUGUUGUGAAAGUAUCCAAUAGUAGAAUAUUAUUACAAGAUGAUACGAGAAUGGCAAUAUAUCCUUUUGGCCAUUGGAUGGAUGUUAGUCCGA